AACUAAUCACUCUCAACCUCUUCAGCUGGUCAAUCUGUCCUAAGAUUUUGUAACAAAAGAAGAACUAUAUAACAAAAGAUGGUAACCAGAGGUGGGUGUCGGUCUGGGCACGAGAGACUCUGUUCUACUCUGAAGCCACCACUCCUCGUACCUCGCGAUUUUUCAUGCAAACCUCCGACGCUGUUCGCGUUCUCCGUAUCCCCACUUUGGGAUGGUGAUCAGAAGAUUAUCGUCUCUCUUGAGAACAUGCACUUCGUUGACUCGGGGCAAAGUCAUUCAUCAGAAGAUCAUAUCUCUGGGCCUUCGUAACAACACCGCCCUGUGCAAGGACCUCGUGAGCUUCUACUUCUCCUGCCAUUCGUGGCGCACUGCGAAGCUCCUGUUUCGAACCGCCGAGGUCUCGUCGGACGUCUCGGUCUGGAAUUGCCUCAUGGCUGCUUUCGCCAAGAACCGCAUGUUCUUUGAAGCCCUCGAGCUUUUUGGAGAGUUGUUGGUCGACCCGUACGUGGAACCGGAUGUUUAUACGUACCCGAGUGUUUUGAAGGCGUGUGGCGGUCUGGGAAGAGCUGGUUACGGCGAGAUGAUUCAUUGUGGAUUGUUGAAGACGGGGUUUGUUUUGGAUGUGGUCGUUGCGAGCUCUGCGGUGAGCAUGUAUGCGAAAUGCAACAUGUUUCGACAAGCGACCCGGCUGUUCGAUGAAAUGGCGGAGAGAGAUGUGGCGUGUUGGAAUGCGGUGAUUUCUUGUUAUUAUCAAGAUGGGCAAGCGGAGAAGGCUUUGGAAUAUUUCGAAAGAAUGAAAGAUGCUGGGUUUGAGCCUAAUUCAGUGACUCUGACUACUGCAAUCAGUUCAUGUUCUCGGCUUAUGGACCUAGAAAGAGGGAAGAAGAUUCACGAGGAGUUGGUCAAAAUUGGAUUUAAACUCGACGGUUUUGUCUACUCUGCUCUUGUCGACAUGUACGGCAAAUGUGGAUGCUUAGAGAUUGCUAGAGAGAUAUUCAAACAAAUUCCUGAGAAGAAUGUGGUCGCCUGGAAUGCAAUGAUCACGGGAUUUAGUCUAAAGGGAGAUAGUGGAUCAUGCAUUGAACUCUUUAAAAGGAUGAACGAAGGAGGAGUUAAAGCAUCAUUGACUACCUUAAGCAGUGUGCUUGCGGCUUGUUCAAGGUCAGCCCACCUGCUACAUGGAAGGUUCGUGCAUGGUUAUAUAAUCAGAAGUGAAAUUGAGGUUGAUAUCUUUGUCACCUGUUCACUAAUCGAUUUAUAUUUUAAUUGUGGAAGGGUUACAUUGGCAGAAAAUGUAUUUAGGGAAAUGGAAAAGACAAAUAUUAUCUCUUGGAAUGUUAUGAUUUCAGGAUAUCUGAAGGUCGGCAAUUACUUUGAGGCUCUUCGCAUGUUUGAUGAAAUGAAAACAGCUUGUGUUGCACCAGAUGCUAUCACUUUCACUAGUGUUCUGUCGGUUUGUUCCCAGCUGGCAAGCUUGGAAAAAGGUAAGGAGAUCCACAAUUCUGUAGUGGAGAGUACGUUUAGCAAAAAUGAAAUAGUCAUGGGAGCGCUUCUUGAUAUGUAUGCUAAAUGCGGUGCUGUGGAUGAAGCGAUUCAAGUUUUCAAGCAAUUACCAAAAAGGGAUCUGAUGUCAUGGACUUCUAUGAUCACUGCUUAUGGGUCCCAUGGUCAAGCUUUUGAAGCUCUGAAUCUUUUUGCUAAAAUGAGGCAAUCCAACAUUGAGCCAGAUCAGGUUACUUUCCUUGCAGUAUUAUCAACUUGUAGCCAUGCUGGACUGGUCGAUCAAGGUUGUUACUAUUUUGACAAGAUGAUCAAUGUGCAUUGUAUCAAACCUGGCAUUGAACAUUAUGCUUGUCUGAUAGAUCUCCUUGGACGUGCUGGAAGAUUAAACGAGGCUUACAGAUUUCUGCAAAGAGCCCCAGAAGUUUCUGGAAAUCUUGAAUUGUUAAGCACUCUAUUCUCAGGAUGCUGUUUGCACAAAGAUCUAGAAUUGGGAGAGGAAAUUGCGAAUGCUGUUGCUAAAACCAAUCCAGAUGAAUCGUUUACUUAUAUUAUGUUAUCAAACUUAUAUGCUUCUGCCAAGAGAUGGGAUAAAGUACGCGAGGUGAGAUUAAAAAUGAAAGAACUGGGAUUGAAGAAGAAUCCUGGAUGUAGCUGGAUUGAGAUUGACCAGAGGAUUCAAUCUUUCUUUGUAGAAGAUAAGUCACUCCCGCUAGCUGAAAAGGUGUACGACUGUCUCAUGCUUCUUAGUAGUCAAAUGGAAAAGGAUGAAUUUGCUCCAUCAUAUGAUAUUUCCAUGCAGAAUCUGUGAAGAAUCUGACUUUUAAUUGUGCAUGUUAAGACUUACUGGGCAAUAACUCCCAUUCUUCCUGUUAUCAAGGAGGGUAUCCAAGUUUUUCGUCACAGUUUAUAACAAACUGGGACAAUUACAUUAAGGAGAUUGUCUUGGCAGUGCUGACAGUUUUUCUUCUGCUUACACUAAUAUCAGCCUUUCCAGAAGGACAAUUAACAACGGCAGCAUUUUGGAUAAGUUAUGCUGCAGCAUAGGACAACCAAGGAAUAAGAUGCUUAUAUCAUGAGAGGCUCACAAGUGGUUAUUUUUUGGAGACUGUCGUGCCUAAAUGCGAAAGCUUCUACCGCAAAUCGCUCAGGGAGAAUUAAGACUGCAAAGAAAAGGGGGAAUACCCAAUCUUCCGUCUAGGCAGUCCUGACAAUCAACAAGCUCAUCUAUCUCUUCACGGCUCCUCAAAUUUCUGUUCUCCAGAGGCUCCCCUCUUAGAAGCUCUAGCAUCAAUAGCACAAAACUCCGAAAAGAGCAAUGAUGGCAACGGACAAGCUUAAUGCUAGUGCCGCCAAGAUAAGCACAAUGACAAACACCAGUGGGCGUUUUCCAGGCUCAGCUGGCGAGGAGAUAUAAUAUUCUGCUGACCAACCUUCCCCUCCCUCCGUCUGAGUGGUGAAUGCUAUUAUGACCUCACCAAUCAAGUUUAUAUGUGGGAGAUCAGCAACAGGAUAAAAUCCUGAGAAGUUGGCACUCUGAUGAGUGGAGUCAUUGUAAAUGGCAACGAAAUCCAAAUCUCGAGUGAUAUUAAUGUGUGUGAAGUUCAAGGAAACUCGAGUUCCUGGUUUUCCAUGGAGGACCCAUCUGCACUUGAUGCCUUGUACAUAGGAUGAAGUUCCAACCAAACCAUAUCCUAUGAUUCCAGAACUGUUGUCAACAUCUUCCUUCCCAGUGCAAAGUCCUGAACAAUUUGGACAUUUCAGGUACAUUUUCCAGGGAGGAAGUAUAUGAAAUCAGAAUAAAAGAGGGUGAAUUGGAUCUGCUUUACCUGCCAUAUAACUGAGCUCCCACCCUCUUGAAUUGAAGGAGACAUAAUCACCACUCAUAAAUUGGAUAUAAGCUUUUGGGCCCAUCAACUGGAAAUUCUUGAGUGAAUUUGUAGUUUGCGAGUUAACUACUCUACAUGGCAUCUUGCUGGAAUCUGGUGGGCAAACUCUGAGAUUAUCAUCACUAUCUGCUGCGACUGCAAAAUAUUCAAAAUUGAAACUUAUGAACUUUGCAUUGGGCCACCAAAUUUCCCAAAGACACUUCUGAUUGGGCAUGUAUGGCUGCAAACCAUCACUGUGAUUAACAGCAAUUCCUGUACUCAAGUACCCUUUAGACUGUUUCAAGAUGACUGUAUCAACUCUGCAGGCUUCUGCAUUAGGAAAAUUUCGUGUUAGAAGUUCCCUAUAAAGUCGAAGAGGUGGAAGUUGCUUACCAAGAUCGGAAUAAUAUCCCCGUGGUUUCUCAGACCUCAUGGAAGGAAAAAAUAAAUGUAUCACCUAUGAUAGUGGGAUUGAAUCCCAAUUCCCACCUAAUCAGGAAUGUCCCAGGAGUAUGGAGAACUAACUGUUCCAUUACGGGGGAUUACAAAAAUCUGUCUUUUCUUGGCUGUA